ACAAAUUUUAAUUCUCUCUCACUUUUUUUUCUCUUCCUCUCUUUAACGUCGAGAAAAAGAUAAUCAGAUUCUCUUCUUCUUCUUCUUCUUCUUCUUCUUCUUCAUGUGAAGCGAUUAGUGCUGGUUUUGUUACCGGGAGAGAUCUGCUCACAGUAAAAAAGGAUGAAGAGAAUUAGAGACGAUGUUUACGCUGGUGGUGGUGGCAGUGGAGGCGGCGGCGGCGGUUCUUCUCAAUUGAAACGGCCGCUGGCUUCGUCGCGCGGGGAGUCAAAUGGGCCGCCCCAAGUACAAGGAGGAGGAGGAGGAGGAGGUGUGAUAGGUGGAAUAGCUACGGUUGGAGUAGUUAGCGUGGGUGUAGGUGCCUCACAGAAAUUGACGACGAAUGAUGCUCUUACAUACCUCAAAGAAGUGAAGGACAUGUUUCAAGACCAAAGAGAAAAGUAUGAUAUGUUUCUUGAAGUCAUGAAGGAUUUCAAGGCUCAAAGAACUGACACGACAGGUGUCAUUGCAAGAGUAAAGGAAUUGUUUAAAGGGCAUACCAAGUUAAUUUUGGGGUUUAAUACUUUCUUACCAAAGGGUUAUGAGAUAACUCUUGAAGAAGUGGAACCAAAAAAGACGGUUGAGUUUGAAGAAGCUAUCAGUUUUGUAAACAAAAUCAAGAAACGUUUCCAAAAUGAUGAGCAAGUAUACAAGUCAUUCUUAGACAUACUGAAUAUGUAUCGAAAGGAGCACAAGGACAUAAAUGAGGUUUACCAGGAGGUUGCUUCUCUAUUUGAGGACCAACCAGAUCUGCUGGAUGAGUUUACUAGAUUCUUACCAGAUACAUCAGCAACAACUUCAACUCUUCAGGGGCAAUAUGGCCGCAAUGCAUAUGCUCGUUUUAAUGAGCGGAGCUCUGCUACACCAACUUUGCGGCCAAUGCCUAUUGACAAGCAACGGAGGCGGGAUAAAAUUUCUUCUCAUGGUGAUCAUGAUAUUAGUGUUGAUCGUCCUGAGCUAGAUGAUGACAAAGGAAUGAUGAAAGUACUGAAGGAGCAGAGAAAGCGUUUUCCUGAGAAGGAGACUAGGGAUAGGAGAAAUCGUGACCAUGACGAUAGAGAAGUGGAGACUGACAACAACAGGGACUACAACUUGCAGCGUUUUCCAGAGAAGAGAAAAUCUUCAAGGAAGGUUGAAGGUUUUGGAGCGAAUAAUAACUUUGCUCCUUAUGAUGACAAAGACACCUUAAAGAGCAAGUACAGCCAGGCAUUCAGUUUCUGUGAAAAAGUUAAGGAGCGCUUGUGCAGCCAAGACGACUACCAGGCAUUUUUGAAAUGCCUUCAUAUUUAUAGCAAUGGGAUUAUUAAAAGGAAUGAUUUACAAAAUUUGGUGACUGAUCUAUUGGGGAAGUAUCCUGAUCUUAUGGAGGAAUUCAAUGAAUUCUUGGAGCGCUGUGAGAAUAUCGAUGGGUUCCUUGCUGGUGUAAUGAGAAAAUCUCUGAAUAGUGAUGGUCAUUUAUCGCGAUCGGUGAAGGUGGAAGAAAAAGACAAGGAGCCAAAGCGUGAGACAGAGGGAGUUAAAGAAAAGGAACGAUACAGGGAGAAGUAUUGGGCGAAAUCUAUUCAAGAACUUGACCUCUCUAACUGUGAGCGGUGUACUCCAAGCUAUCGCCUUCUUCCAGAAGAUUAUCCAAUACCCUCAGCUAGCCAGAGAUCGGAACUUGCUGCUCAGGUCUUGAAUGACCAUUGGGUAUCUGUGACUUCAGGAAGUGAAGAUUACUCUUUUAAACAUAUGCGCAAAAAUCAGUAUGAAGAAAGUCUUUUCCGUUGUGAAGAUGAUAGGUUUGAGCUGGAUAUGUUGUUGGAGUCAGUGAGCUCAACUUGUAAGCGAGCAGAGGAAUUGUUGAACAGCAUGAAUGAAAAUAAGCUCAGUAUGGAAACUCAAAUUCAUAUUGAAGACCACUUUACCGCUCUGAACAUAAGGUGCAUUGAACGAUUAUAUGGUGACCAUGGUCUUGAUGUGAUGGACAUAUUGCGGAAAAGUCCUACGCUUGCUCUGCCUGUCAUAUUAACUCGCUUGAAACAGAAACAAGAGGAAUGGACAAGAUGCAGAGUAGAUUUCAACAAGGUGUGGGCUGAUAUAUAUGCCAAAAAUCAUUACAAAUCACUCGAUCACCGAAGCUUUUAUUUCAAGCAACAAGAUUCAAAGAACUUGAGCAGCAAAUAUUUGGUGGCUGAAAUCAAGGAAUUGAAAGAGAAAAAGCAGGUAGAGGAUGAUAUUCUUCUGGCUGUUGCUGCUGGAAAUAGGCAAUCUAUAGUUCCACAUAUAGAGUAUGAAUACCUUGAUAUCGGCAUUCAUGAGGACUUGUAUAAACUUGUCGAAUAUUCAACUGAAGAGCUUAGUUCAACUAAAGAACAGUUGAAUAAGACUAUGAGACUUUACACUACCUUUUUGGAGCCAAUGUUGGGUAUUCCUUCUCGGCCUCAUGAUGCAGGGGAUGAUGAAGAUGUGGACAAAAUUAGGAAGGGGGCUAUGGAUUGUACUACAUCAAGUAAUGGAGAAAGUGAUGGAAGUCCUGGUGGUGACACUACCAUGGUAAAGCCAAAAUCUGGGGGUGAUGAAGAUGAAAACGCUUUAGAAGAUGUGGCAAUAUCUAGGACUAGUUUGGCUAAUGGAGAGGCCUCAGCCAAAGAAGAUGGCAGUUGGGACCCGGAUAAUCCCUGCAGAGAUGACUUAAUCUGUAAUGACAUUCGGGUGGAGAAAGAACAAAAGACUAUGGGUACCUCUGAUAAAAUGCUUGGAUCAAGUAAACCUAUUGCCUCCAUCGAUCGAUUAGGCAAUUCCAGUGCAUCAUGUGCAAUUGGAGGAGAAAAUAAUCAUGGCAGAAUGAGCUUGGAGGUGACAUCAGGGUCUGUUGCAACUACCUCAAGACCAUAUGAACCCAUUACUGAAAAUGAGCAAUCAAAGAAGACUAGUGCUGAUACUGCUGUUCCUCCAUCAGAGGGUGGUGCCAUUGCAAAACCUGCUGCAUUUGGUAAUGGAGUGUUUACAGAAAUCACUAAAGGCAACAGUGGUCAUGAAGAGUCUGUGGGGCCCUCUAAAAUUGAGAAGGAAGAAGGUGAACUAUCACCUGUUGGUGAUUAUGGGGAGGAUAACUUUGUUGUCUCUGGAGAUGCUGGGGUGCAGGCUUUGCCUAAGGAAAAUCAUGGUGCUGAAAGGCAAUAUCAAUCUGGAAACAGGGAAGAAAUAGGCUCACAGGAUGCUGGAGAACAUGAUGCAGACGCUGAUGAUGAGAACAGUGAAAAUGUGUCUGAGGCCGGCGAAGAUGUCUCUGGCAGUGAGACUGCUGGUGACGAGUGUUCCCGAGAAGAGCAUGGAGAGGAGGAUGCUGAACAUGAUGACGUUGAUGGUAAGGCUGAGAGUGAAGGUGAGGCUGAAGGGAUGGCUGAUGGGAACCUUGUUGGGGAAGGCUGUUCCUUGCAAUUACCCGAACGUUUUCUUAUGUCUGUGAAACCACUUGCAAAGCAUGUAUCCACACCUUUAGUUGAUGACAAGAAAGACUCUCGUGUUUUUUAUGGAAAUGAUAACUUUUAUGUGCUAUGUAGGCUUCAUCAAAUUCUAUACGAAAGGAUUUUAUCUGCAAAAUCAAAUACAGUAGGAGCAGAAACUAAGUGGAAAAUUUCUAAGGAUGGCAGCCCUUCAGAUGUUUAUGGCAGAUUUUUAAGUGCACUGUACAAUUUGCUGGAUGGAUCUGCUGACAAUGCAAAAUUUGAGGAUGAGUGCCGAGCUAUUUUUGGAAACCAGUCGUAUGUCUUAUUCACAUUGGACAAGUUAAUUUAUAAAUUUGUUAAACAGCUUCAAGCUGUUGCAACUGAUGAGAUGGACAGUAAGCUUCUUCAGUUAUAUGAAUACGAGAAGUCUCGGAAAAAGGGGAAGUUACUUGACUCUGUCUAUUUUGAAAACGCACGUGUCCUUGUUCACGAGGAGAAUAUUUACAGAUUGGAAUUUUUCUCUGCACCCUCUCGCUUGUCCAUCCAGCUGAUGGACAGUGUGAGUGAAAAGCCCGAGGCAACAGCAGUUUCUAUGGAACCUAAUUUUUCAUCUUAUCUACACAAUGAUUUCCUGUCACUUUAUCCUGGCAAAAAGGAGCCACAUGGAAUUACCCUGCAGAGAAACAAGCGCAAAUGUGCGGGGGAUGAUGAAUCCUCUUCCUUUUCCAAUGCCAUGGAGGGCGUGCAAUUAGUCAAUGGGUUGGAGUGUAAGAUAGCUUGCAACUCAUCCAAGAUCUCUUAUGUCCUUGACACAGAAGAUUACUUCUUCCGUAUGAGAAGGAAAAGGGGAAAGUCAUCGGAGUCCAGAUCACCAUAUUGUGAUCAGACGAGGGUACAGCGGUUCCACAAAUUCUUGUCCGUCUCAUUAUAGCUUAGAAUUCCUUUGAGACUGGAAGCUCAAGAAGCCGUGGCUGCAGUGAAACCAGAAACACUUCCCUGAGGUGACAGGUACUUUAUUUCUGACAGACCGGAGAAAGAGAAUGGUCUUGUUCUGGUCAGAAGAGUGGUCUUUGAGCCAUUGUUGUGUAUAUAAGGUUGGUGUAUGAUAAUUCCGUAGAAAGGUACUGUUGUUGAUCUUGUCGUAGAUAGAACCCUUCAUAAGCACACUGUAAGUGUAACAAAAUUGGUGAAAUAGCAGAAAGCCCCAAGUUUUAAGGAACCCCAAGUUCUCUACCUUCCAAUACAAGUCAGCUUCAUACCCAGCAAUUUGCAGGCAUUUCUGCAUCACUAUUCUUUUUACACCAGAAAGUUGUUUUUGCAGAUCAGGUUAUUUAUGUUCCUAUGUAAAAUAGUGUAACAAUGUAACAUUAUUGUAUCAGUAAGUAGUUCAAGAACUCAACUCGGUUCUUCAUCUAA